UCGGUAGAUAUAAGACUGCCUGCCUGCCUGCCCGCCUGCCCGCAGUUUUCCUUUUUCCUGCCCGUACAUGAAUCCGCCCAUUUUAGGUUUUGUUAUGCCUUCCCCGCGUCAAAUCACCUCACUAUGAGAUGAGCACGCUUCUCAUCCACAAACAGCCACUUUUGCCACUAGUGCAGUUUCAUUCAUUGCAAUCCCUUUGACUCUGUCUACCCAACGUUUUCCUUCUGCCCUCAUUUACCAUCCGCAACGGAUAUUCGAGGUUGCUAAGCCCUUGAUGCGCUCUUAUAUUGAAACUUAGUCCUCACUACCAUUCCUUACAACUCUCUAUUCUCAACAACAACAACAACAACAACAAUCAUGUUGCUACGAUUUCUGUCCCUGGCCGGUCUCUGCCUGGGCCAUGGUGUCGCUGCCCUCGCCCCUCAAGGCCACGGCCUCCCCUCCAAUAUACAAACAUCAAACAUCCAACAUACUCGCCAUUUCUACAAAAUCGACAUUCCCUGCUCUCACUGUGCAUUCUCGGACGCCGAAUGCUCUCAGAACCCCGAGUCGAAAUCACACGUGACUAUUGACUUCUCCUCCGACAAUGGCACCCUAUACGCCAACCACGAAUCCGUCUUCCCGCCAUCACUACCCAUGCAAUUCUCCGCAGUCAAGCACUCCGACUCCGGCGAUCAAUCCGUCCAGGUCGCAUACAGCCUCGACGCACGACCGCUCCCCGCCCAGCCGGGCGCCCUCCUCGGCGAGACCUUCCUUCUCAAACUGCGCCUGUUCGAUCUCCACGGCCGGCCCGUCGCACCGGACCUAAUCGCGGUGGCCGUAUCUCGACGCAACGAUGGCACCCUCAGCAUCAGCAAGGUCGAGCGGUCCCCGUUCCACAGACACGGCCACGGCCACAUGACGUCGCCCUGGCGCCUUCUCAAAUCGCACAUCAAGCCUUACCUCGAUCAGUUGGCUGAGGGUGCGGCCCCUGAAGAACCGCGCCGUCAUCGCAGGCCGCUACAUGCCGAUAUCUACCGAUUCAGGGACCCUGCAUCCCACUACCACAAUACCAUGCCGUGGAGCAGCCGCGAUCGCAGCUUCAUGAGGCUCGUGCGGCCGGUCAUUCUGCCUGCGUUGCUGGGUGUUGCGGCGGGACUGUAUGAUGAUCUCGUUGUGUCGGUGUUGGUAUGUCCGCAGUGGAAGGGGUAUCGCGAGGUUCCGGCUAUUACCAUUGAUUCGGCGGAGCUGGAGGAUGGUCCCGUCUCGGAAAAGGAGAGCUUGAGUCGAUCGUCGCGGUGGCUGGAUGUAUGA